AUGGUCCCGACAACGGCGACUGCGUCCAGACCGGUUUUCAGGUUGCCUGAUCUACCAAGAGAGAUAAGAGACAACAUUUGGGAUUUAGCUGUCGAAAAUUUCAACAACACGCCGCGAGCUCAUUUCUUUUCUUUAUCAGCGGAGCGGGUGCGCUGCUUACAGUCAACCAAGCCGAGCAUUGAGCCAGAUGGCUGGAAAGAGGCCCAAACUGUCCUAAAACCUCCUCUGGUUCACAAAAAAGACGUUGAUGUGAUAAGCGGGAAGACUGCACGCAACAUAUCCAGGUACAUGCUCUAUCAUAAUCUGUGGAAUACGAGUAUUGAGUCAAGAAAAGCAAUCGUUCGCCAAUGGAACGAAUGGCGUGACAGCAGCCCGGAUGAGUCCGCCUAUACCUUCAUGCACAUCGGUGACUCGCCUACCUUGUUUGUCGCGAUUCAACCGGCUAUUGAUUUGAUCUGCCUCGAGAUACCAAAAACGGUGGAUGCAUGUCGCAAUAUCAACUGUGCCCCUAUUAACACUGGCUCGCGAGUUCGAAACUUUGCAUUCAUCUACGAUCCAAGUUGGUAUGAGGAAAUAGAGGCCCUUCUACCGCAUCUCAAGUCAUCUUGCGACACUGAGCUUAUUCAAGGUGGCACAACGCCGGGCUGCCGCUUCCUAGAUCUGGCGACCAGACUACUCUGUGAUCCGAAUGCUGGGGCAUACAAGAGAUACUACGAUGAUGGUUACGACAGUAAAUAUGGCCCCAGGGUGAACGAACUAUGGCUCAUCGAUCCGACAUUAAAACCUUCAGCCAAGUUUGAGAUUGAGAAAGCGGGUAGAGAUCGGGUUGUCUUCGAUGCUUGCGGGAGCAAGUUCAUCGAAGUCAGACUGGACAGUGACAUUGGCAAAAAGGGGUGGUGGGAGAUUUCCAAGGGAUGCUCACCCGAUCAUACUGCCAGGUGUUUCAACUCCCUGAUAUGUCGCGGCCUCAAUACUUUCUGGAUGUACCACGAAGAUCCUUUUGGGUGUGAUCUUGUGUGGACGUAG